AAAUAACUUAUGAUUUUUAAAAUGGCGGGGAUCUUGAAACGAAUGUCGACGAAGUGAGAUGACAAACGCGUGGUUUAGUCCACGAUAUGGCAAUUCAAUGAUUCUGUGAUGUCUUGUGAAAAUGGUGUCAGAGGCUGGAGACAACUGAACUAUCUCAAGAAAUCAAAACUAGUGAUGGUGUCAAAAGAAACUACAUGUACUAAGAGAAAACUUGUGGAUGGAGACGGUGCUGAGCCUUCGAAAUCUUCCAACGACUUUUUACAGCAGCAGGUUAGCAGCACAUCUCAGAAAAGAUUGGAAAACAAUGGGAGGUUACUACUCAAGAAAGGCCAGACUGUCUACAUCCGAGAUAAGACUGACGCUUGGAAGGUUGGCAUCAUCCAUCGUGUUGAGGGAGAGGAGAUCCAUGUUAAAUGUGGAGCUAAUGAGAAAAUAAAGUGCUCACCAGACCAUGUUCGACUGUACUGCGGUGCUCGUCUUCUCGAUGUGUCAAACCUAACUCAGCUUUCUUUUAUGAAUGAAGCCACAGUGUUGUCUUGUUUACAUGAGAGGUAUGACCAGGAUGUCUUCUACACUAAUGCCGGAUCAACGAUCAUUGCCGCAAAUCCUUUCAGGGAGGUUGAAGAUUUGUACAGUUUGGAGAAAAUCGAAGAAUAUUACCUUGCAAACAAGACUUUAUCCCCCCAUAUCUACAAGAUUUCCAGUGAAGCAUACAAUCUGGUGGUUUCCAAGCAGGGUAGCAAAGUCAACCAGUGUAUUGUGGUUAGCGGGGAAAGCGGAGCUGGAAAGACAGUAUCAGCAAAACAUCUUCUGAAAUUUAUUACAGCUGUUGCCAACCCAGGAUCUACAAAUAGGAAACUAUCUGAAUGCAGCAGCAGUCAUGGUCGACAUAUUCAUGAGAAGAUUCUGCAGUCCAGUCCAAUCCUGGAGGCAUUUGGAAAUGCAGCCACGUCAAGAAAUGACAAUAGUUCACGCUUUGGCAAGUUUAUCGAGUUACAGUUUCACAGAAAUGGUGUGGUCAAAGGGGCAGCAAUUCAGACCUAUCUCCUGGAGAAGACAAGAGUUGUCCAUCCUUGUCAGACUGAAUGCAACUUUCAUAUUUUCUAUCAGCUGACUGAAAGAUUAUCACAAUCUGAUGGUACCACAGAGCCAGACUGGCUGGUUGAAAUGAGAAAACAACUUGAAGGUCACACAUUCAGUAUUUUACCUCAUGGACAAGAGGCCAAGCUGAACCGAAAUAUCUCCGAUACCCUGACAGCCAUGACUGACAUUGGACUGACAGCUGAACAUCAAGUCUGUGUGUUUGAGGUCUUGUGUGCUAUUAUCUUUCUGGGAAACAUCGACUUUCGGCCAUUUGAAGAAGAUACCAGCUCACUGAAAGAUGAUACAGGAGAGAAAUCCAAUCCAUCUACUUGCCAGGUUUCAGUACGACCAUCUGUAUCAGAAAAUUCAUGUUUACAAUUUUCAGUUACUUCGUACGCCAUCGAGGAAUCUUGUCGGUUGUUGGGGAUCUCCUCCGAUCAGCUGGAGCAAGCCCUGCUCAACCGCAGCAUCACGUCGGGCAGCAGGAAGGAGAGCAUCUUCGUGAAACCAGUGUCCAUAGUGGAGGCGAAGAGUCGCAGAGACUGUCUGGCUAUGCUGCUGUAUUCAAGUUUGUUUGAUUGGCUGCUGAAGUUUAUCAACCUGCAGAUCCAAGCUGAUAAGUUUGAGAAUGUUAUAGGCUUGUUGGACAUAUAUGGUUUUGAAACAUUUGAGACCAACAGCUUAGAACAGUUGUGCAUAAAUUAUGCUAAUGAGAAACUUCAACAGCAUUAUAUUGGCCAUUUUCUAAGAGAUUUACAGAAAGAAUAUGAAGAAGAAUGUAUUCCCUGGUUACACAUUGCGUACCGUGACAACCAGCCGUGUCUGAACAUCUUGGAGGGAGGAGGCAGUGUAUUUGGAAUACUCAAUGAGGAGGUGUACCUGAGCAGGAAGUCUAAUCCUAGAGCUCUUGCCGACCGCCUGCUGAAACUCAGUCAGGGUGAACAAUGUGCUCUGAAGCGACCGAAGACGUCCAUCAAGAAACCUGGCUUCAUCAUCCAGCACUAUGCCGGGGAGGUCCGCUACUGCCUCGAAUGCAUGGUCACCAAGAACAAGGACAACAUUCCUGUUGAACUGGUCAGCUUGCUUCAUCUAAGUGAGAGGCCAUUUGUUCAAAAUCUUCUGCAGAAGAAAUCGGAUACACACUCUCCGGGAAAGAAGAAGAAAGCUGUAUUGGAAAAGUUCAUGAGUUCUUUGGAUAGUUUAAUGACGUCACUCAAUUCGUCCAAUGUUCACUACAUCCGGUGCAUCAAGCCGAACCGGAUGAGCCAGGCGAGUCACUUUGACAGGGCGUAUGUGAUGAAACAGUUGGAGGCUGGCGGGAUCGUGGAGACUGUUAAAAUUUGUCAGCAAGGAUAUGCUGCACGAAUAUCCUACGAGGAAUUUCACCAGCGGUAUGGCUUUCUCAUUUCGUUUACUGGUGCUCAUCAGACCGGAGACGAUCGGGUGUUCGAAUUCCUAGAGCAGCAGCACUGCCGACAGCUAAACAUGCCGGUGUCGCCACGACAGUCGAACACUCCCAAGAGAAAACUGCGGAGGAGGACAGGUAUUACGGAGUGCGACCACCUUCGUAAAUACAGUGCUGCCAUUCUUCAAGCCAUGUUCAAGUCGGACAGUCCGGACAAUGAUCACUUGGUGAACCAGUUUGGGAGGACGAAAGUCUUCUUACGUCGGGAACAGUUGGAAAAGCUGGAAUCGAAAAGGACAGCAAUUCUUUCACAGCAAGUUACGUUGAUUCAGAGAUGUUGGAGAAAGUAUGUUUCACGGAAGAGGAGACGCAAUUGGGCUGCUCGGGUUAUUCAGAAACGUUGGAGAAGAUUUGUUCUACUGAAGAAAAAACGUGAUUGGGCUGCGCACAUUAUUCAGAGAAGUUGGAAAAGAUACGUUCUUCGAAAGAGAAAACUCGACUGGGCUGCAUGCGUCAUUCAGAGAAGUUGGAGACGAUUUACUUUACGGAAGAGAAGACAAGAGUGGGCUGCGUUUGUGAUUCAUCAGUACUGGAGAAGAUUCGUCUUGUCGAUGAAGAGAAGGAAGGAUCGGGCCGCAUGUGUUAUUCAAAGAGCUUUCCGCAAGCAUCGACUGAGACAGCAGCUGAAUAUCAAGUUAAAACAAUUACUGGAUGACAGUCAGAGACAACAGAUGAAGGAAAACUUGGCACCAACACCUACAACAUCUGUAGCAGCAUCCAGUUCAUUGUCAUUGCCAACGUCAAAGAUAUCGGACACUUCGAUAUCAAAGGCGUCUAGUAGUCACAUUAUUUUGAAGCCAGUAUCUGCCCGUGAUGGUUAUAGAGACACAGAACCCACCUUGAAAAGACUAAAACUGGCUUGUGGAGCCUACUCUCGUCUCGAACAUGUUUACGUUGGGGAUGGAAUUGUCACCAGAAGGAAAAUUCCAAAGUACCAGCUGAAAUUCCACACUCGGCCCAGUGUAUUGGAGAACGCUCACCUCGUGCCAUACAAAUUUAUGCAAAGAAGUCUCACCGACUGUCUACCAGACAAAAGAAAAUGAUUGAGACAGACAAAAGAAAAUGAUUGAGACAGAUGCUCCAAUGUGUUUAUUACAGAAGACAAGAAACCAACUUGAAAUUCCUGUCUUGAAGGACCUGUCUGAGAUAUGGCAAAGAAAGAAGCCCAUUCCACCAACAGUAAUCGUUUCUUUUGAUAUUGAAGUGAAGGCUGUGAAGUGGUUGAUUUGAAAUAAAUGUAAACAGAAUUGUGAAGAGAGAGAGAGAGAGACCAGUGUGUCCACGUCUCCUUUAUUUCAAAGAAUGUCCUUUAUUUCAUGAUUCUGCUAGAUCUCCUUUAUUUCCUUCUUUAUUUUUGACAAAUCUCCAUUUUUGGAAAAAAGCAGAUUGCAUGUCUGCAUUUUUAUUGGCUUAUUUCCUCACAAUUAAGAGUGUAAUUGUAAUUGUAAUUGGACAGAUUUCUUCAGGGCAAACCUUGAAAUGUUGACUCUAGAUGCUAUCAGAAUGCAUCUCAGGUCACAUGUUUUUUUUGGGGGGUUUUCAAAAAUUUUGACAUGAUAUGCCCCCGCUCUUGAACUCAUAUCCCCCCCCCCCCCCCCCCCCCCCCCCCCCAUGGCCACGUUGCGCCCGCAAAUAAACCCAAAUGCUUUAUCUCAUUUAUUUUCAAUUUAAGUCUGUGGACACACUGAAGAGAGAAGAAUCGAGCUUGUGACUUGGUUAUUGUAUGACUUGCUUCAGUAUCGCAUCUUCGGGGUUGUGAAGGCAAGCUGGUAAAUGGUUCAAGCCAUGAGCUGUUGUAACAUUUGACUAGCAACAUGUUAAGUACCUUACCGGUCUAACUGGAGGGGACUAUAUGUUUUAUCUCUGUCUGUCUGUCCAUCUGUCCCACAUAAAGUUUUCCAGAUAGUUUUUUUUUCCUCUUGCCAUUACAAAAUAAAAAGGCGAGAUUUAGAUAUUAUUUUUCUGAUGAUGACACUUGUUUUGUUAAACUCUCACAUUUCGAUUACUUGCUCAUAAACAGUAAGUCCUAGGUCAAUGAAACUUGGUUUAUAGUUGCAUCUGAGUGAUUAUCUCAGUGCACCGACAAGUUUAUAGUAGGUGAGACAUUUAAUUGUGCAGAAUUCUUGUUGCAGUAAAAUAUUAGAGUAAAAUAACAUUGUUGUGAGAAGUUUGUUAGUUUUGUUUAACGACACCACUAGAGCACAUUGAUUAAUUAAUCAUCGGCUGUUGGAUGUCAAACAUUUGGCAAUUAUGACAGGAAAGCACAUACUACGACCUUUGACCAGUUGUGGUGCACUGGUUGGAAUGGGGGUGGGACGUAGCCCAGUGUUAAAGCGUUCACUUAAUGCACGGUCGGUCGAGGAUCGGUCCCCGUUGGUGUACCUAUUGGGGCUAUUUCUCGUUCCCGCCAGUACUCCACAACUGGUGUAACAAAGGCUGUGGUAUGUACUAUCCUGUCUGUGGGAUGGUGCAUAUAAAAGAUCCCUUGCUGCUAAUUGAAAAGAGUAGCC